CACGGGUCCUUCUCUUGCAGUGGAACCUGGUGUGUGAGGACGACUGGAAAGCGCCACUGACCACCUCCCUCUUCUUCGUGGGGGUCCUCAUCGGCUCCUUCAUCUCGGGGCAGCUCUCGGACAGGUUUGGCAGGAAGAAUAUCCUUUUUUUGACGAUGGCUGUGCAGACUGGCUUCAGCUUCCUGCAGAUCUUCUCUACCAGCUGGGAGAUGUUCACAGUGCUCUUUCUCAUAGUGGGGAUGGGACAGAUCUCCAACUACGUGGUGGCCUUCAUACUGGGAACAGAAAUUCUUGGCAAAUCAGUUCGUAUUAUAUUCUCUACGUUAGGAGUUUGCAUAUUUUUUGCACUUGGCUACAUGUUGCUGCCACUGUUUGCUUACUUCAUCAGAGACUGGCGGAUGCUGCUGCUGGCACUCACUGUCCCGGGGCUGUUCUGCAUCCCUCUCUGGUGGAUCAUUCCUGAGUCCCCUCGGUGGUUGAUGUCCCAGGGAAGAUAUAAGGAGGCAGAAGUUAUUAUUCGAAAGGCUGCAAAAAUAAAUGGUGUUCCAGCCCCAGCCGUGCUUUUCGACACCGAUGAGAUGCAGGAUUGGAAGCCUCAGCAGCAGCAGAAGGCUAUCCUUCUGGACCUAUUUCGAACCCGAAACAUUGCAACUAUUACUAUUAUGUCAUUACUUUUGUGGUUUUUCACAUCAGUUGGUUACUUUGGCCUGUCCCUCAGCACUCCAAACUGGCAUGGAAAUGCCUACAUCAACUGUUUCCUUUCAGCUGUGAUUGAAGUUCCAGCCUACGUCAUCGCCUGGCUUCUCCUCCGCUCCCUCCCUCGGCGCUACUCGUUAUCUGGCACCUUGUUUUUAGGGGGAGGUGUUGUGCUCUUCAUUCAGCUGGUUCCUGCAG